CAGCUGUUGAUCCGAAAAAAAAAAUUGGAGGGAAAGCGCCAAGGUAUCAUUCGUACGGCAUUUUUCACUUUGUUCGUUGCGACUUCGUUUCUUUUGUUUUCUUUGAUUAAAUACUAAAGCAAUAAUCAUUUUCUGUCUAGAAGACACAAACGGUAAAAAUACUCCUAAAUCGACUAUCCAGUGAUUCGCGUUCUUCAAUUCUUGUGAAAUUUUGUUCGAUCGAUUUUGUCGAUCUACAAAACACGCGUUUCCCGUUCACAUCGAAAGGACAAUGCCGCCGAAAAGUUCGUUGAAAUUUCCCGUAACCAAGAGUAGUGGCCGUCUUGCGGCGAAAAGGAAAAGUACCAAAGAAAAAUUGAAUGAUGAACAAUUUGACGAUCAUUGCGAUAGUAUUUGCAAAGAGAACAAAAAACCGAAAUUGAACGACAAUAUUGACAAUUCGUCUUCGAUCGACGAUGAAAUGCAGACAAUAACUGACGCUUUGAGUAGUAGUACCGGCGAAGAGUUCCUCGAGAGAAACGAUCAAAUUAAAACAAUUCGUUCUCAUUUGACUAAAUGUCUGAAUAAAAAAGAAUCCGUUUCGUUGUAUUUUUGCGGACCUUCUGGUACUGGAAAAACGGCCGUUAUCCAGUUUCUACAAUCUCAAAAAGACAUUCAAAGUAAAUUCACCGUUGUAUACGUAAAUUGUCUCGACCAUCAAACUAACUGCAACGAUGUCUAUCGAGAAAUCCAACAGAAACUCGGAGGAGACGCGAAAAUGGGUAAAACUGUUAAAGACAACGUUGAUAAAUUAUUGAAAACUUUGAACAGUCAAAAACAGCCUGUGUUAUUAAUAUUAGACAAAGUACUCAAAUUGAGCACGAAAAAUCAAGCUGUACUGCAUUCGUUGCUUCAGUUGCCUUCUCAAGUACGAAACGGUCAAAUGGUUUUGAUAACAAUAGGCCAUAUACUCAAUUUUGUUGAUCGAUUUUUAUCCCGUAUGGCGAAUGGAGCUUUCAUGAAACCAUUCAUGGUGGAAUUUCCUCCGUACAGUGAUCAAGAAAUAGUCAAUAUAAUUCAAAAAAGACUGAAUAAGAUUAACCUUAAAAGUAUAAAAUUCGAACCAGCUGCUAUUCAGUUACUGGGUAGAAAAGCUGCAGCAAAUUGCUGCGACGCUAGAAAUGCCUUAGAACUUACCAAAGAAGUAAUCAAAGCGUGUAUCGCAAAGAACACUAAAGAUGGAGUUUGUACCAUCCAACCUAUCGAUGUACAAAUUUUAAUGACUGGUAUACUAGGAGAAACUGAGAAAUUCGACAGAUUGGAUCAUCUCCCAUUACAUCAAAAAUUGAUCGUUUGUGCGGUACUGAUGUUAAUCCGAGACCAGAAAUUCGACCGUACUAAGCUGGAUAUUUACAAAAUCGAGGACAUGUACUUGAAAAUAUGCAAGAAACAGAAAAUCGAACACUGCCGUUCGGAUGAAUUCAUCAAUUUGUGUUCUUUGAUUGAAUGUACCGGAGUAUUUUCAAUUGCUGGUAAAAAACGAGAUAGACAAUCAAAGGUGACUGUGGAGUGGAAUGAAGAUGAAAUUAAAAGCAGAUUUUCAGAUAAAUGUCUUUUUGGCACCAUUCUAAGUUCGUAAACUGAUCUUUCAAGAUUUACUCGACUCUGUUCGUACAUAACGAAUUUAUACAGUAUUAUUUAUUGAGUUUAUGUUUGUUCCUCGCAGAAUGUAAUGAUAAAAUAAUAAACAAUUGCAUUGUUGAAA